GGUCGCUCCGGACUCACUGGUGCGCGCACCACCGCAGCCCCACGAGCGCUGGAACUACCGCCGAGAACCCCGGGCAGGAAUAAAGCAGCACCAUGGACUGGGGCACCCUGCACACCUUCAUCGGGGGUGUGAACAAGCACUCCACCAGCAUCGGCAAGGUGUGGAUCACUGUCAUCUUCGUCUUCCGGGUCAUGAUCCUGGUGGUGGCUGCUCAAGAAGUGUGGGGAGAUGAGCAGGAAGAUUUUGUCUGCAACACCUUGCAACCUGGCUGCAAAAAUGUGUGCUAUGACCACUUCUUCCCGGUUUCCCACAUCCGGCUGUGGGCCCUGCAGCUCAUCUUCGUUUCCACCCCGGCGCUGCUGGUAGGGAUGCAUGUGGCCUACAACAGACACGAGGCCGCCCGCAAGUUUAGGCGAGGAGAGAAAAGGAAUGAAUUCAAAGACAUAGAAGACAUUAAAAAGCAGAAGGUUCGGAUUGAGGGGUCCCUGUGGUGGACAUACACCAGUAGCAUUUUUUUCCGAAUCAUCUUUGAAGCGUGCUUUAUGUAUGUGUUUUACUUCCUUUACAAUGGGUACCACUUGCCCUGGGUAUUGAAAUGUGGGCUUGAACCUUGCCCCAAUCUUGUCGACUGCUUUAUUUCUAGACCUACGGAGAAAACCGUAUUCACCAUUUUUAUGAUUUCUGCAUCUGUGAUUUGUGUGCUGCUUAAUGUGGCCGAGUUGUGUUACCUGUUACUGAAAGUGUGUUUUAGGAGAUCAAAAAGAGCAAAGAUGCAAAGAAAUCACCCCAAUCAUGCUAUGAAAGAGAGUAAGCAAAAUGAAAUAAACGAGCUUAUUUCAGAUAACGGUCAAAAUGCAAUCACAGGUUUCCCCAGCUAAACAUUUUAAAGCACAAUGUAGCUGACUCAAUAAAACUGGGAUGGCCUCCUGAAGGCAAUGCUGACCUAAAAAUCCCCUCUCUAGGCUGAAGACUUUGUCUUUGUACAUGACUUUCAUAAUACACAGCCACUUGAGUUAACUUUUUGUAGAAUAAUUAUGCCAUUAAUAUGCAAAGUGGUCCAUCUCUGAAAACUAAGACAGGCUGACAAUUGUGCCUUGAAGUAACUUCAACAUGUUUAUUUAAUCAGACCUCCUGACAUAGUGAGCAUGUUCUGAAAAUUUAUGUCAUGGUUGUUGAUAAAGAAA